GAGGGCGCUGUGUGAUCAGAGCUGCGCAUGCGCAGUGUGCCUCAUGUACUUCAUGUUGCUUCUGUUCCGCGUUUAAUCCGCUGCGAUGAGCUUUUAUUUACUGGGUAUUUCAAUAACAUGAGCAGCGUUUUUAAUGUAGACAGACUGAUUGUCUUUAUGUCAGUCCAGGAUGAGAGUGGCAGAUUAUCGACGCUUUGUUCAGCGCGCAGAAUUAAUAUGCAUCAAAUCAUAGCUUUUAUAAUCUCUCGAGGGAUUCUUCGACUGUAACUGUUAAGGUACUCUUUUUAUGAGGAACCAUAAACACUCAAAGUGUGCAACAGCAUUUAAUAAAGUCACCUAAAGAAUCAGAUCAGCAUGACCCUGGUGUUGACCCCUGCGGCUGUGUGCCAGUGCUUCACGCUCGUGUCGCUGUGCACGUCUAUCGCUGAUCCCAACUGGAUCCAGGUCCAGAACUGCUCUGAUUCGAGCAGCGGUCUCAUCUACGGUGUGGCCUUCACUCUACACGCAUAUCAGAAUCUGACAGACACAGGUCCGUUGGGUGGGCUGCACGGAUGGGGAAUGUGGCUGCUGUACUCUCUAGCUGCUCUCUGCUACAGCGCCGUCCUGUUUUCCAGUUCCUCGUUCCUGCUGGAUUUCCUCGGAGCCGCUGUCACUCGCUCGAAGCUGGUGACGUCUCUGCACACCUUGACAGCGUUCAUCGGCGUGAUGGUUGUGUGUGUGUGUGUGGCCUGUAUGAGUGUGAUUGAGCACAAUCUGCAGCGAGCGAAGAGUCAGACAGAGAGGCUCUGCAUGUCUGCAGGAGAAAGCUUCUACAUCGAGGUGUUGGGCCUGCUCUUCUCCCUCCUAGCGUGCGCUUUGGCCCUCAAGGGUCGUCCUGUACCCAUCAGGACCUGCGAGUACCUGAGCGUGGAUGGAGCGGACGGAGACACGGAGCCUUUGAUUGGUGGAGCUGAGAGAGAGGAGUAAACACACAGGGUUACACACUUCAUUUCUAACAUCUCAGAGCACGUACAGAAUCAGCUCCUUCUGGUUCAUUAUUGUGAAUCUGAAUUGAGUUGAUCACAGUGUACAGGAUCUCAACUAACAGGGAACGUUCUAAAAAUGUUCCGUUGAGGUUCCUUCAAUGUCAUGAACAAGCGUUCCUCCAGGAACAUUCAUGGAAUGUUUGUUUUGUUGUUUACUAAUGUUCUCAAAACGUUAGCACAUAAACGUUAUUUAUACAUCAUCUUCUGAAAUGUUUAAGUGAGGUGUUUUCUUUUUAAAUGUUACUAAUUGUAUCAAAAACAUUCCGAGAACAUUCAAAAGUAACAUUCUCCUCAUUAUUAAACGGAAUGUUGUUUUUUAUGUUUGAAUGACCAAGAAAACUUUACAUUUUAAAUCUUCGGAAAUAACAUUUUCAUAACUUAAUUGCUACAUCAGCCAAAUGUAGUUUGGAUGUGUUUUUGUUAGCUGGGAUGUGGAAUUGACAGGAAUUGUUUAUUUAAUUACAUUACAAUUAAAAGUAAUUGAACAAAACAGUGAAAA